AGGUAGAGCUGCUAUAUGCUCGGACGUCAGAGGGACGAUGGUGGAGGGCUGGUAAAGAUGGCGGCGCUCUCCGAGGAUGGGAGGUAUGGACUGAAUUGUGGCCGACGGAAUGCAGAUCGAGUCACCGUAUUGCACGUAAAAUUGACAGAGACAGCUUUCAGAGCAAUAGAGAGCCACCAAACCUGUAAGAAUGUACCGUCCUCGCGGCCAACAAUACAAUUCAAGGGACUCCAAGGGCGCAUUAAGAUCCCAAGGACUGACUCUCUGGAUGGCUCUCAGAACUUUGACUUCUAUCUGUCCAACGUGGGCAAGGACAACCCUCAGGGAAGCUUUGAGUGCAUCCAACAAUAUGUGUCCAGCUCAGGGACCCCGCACCUGGUGUCCUUGGGGACGGUUCAGGACAAAGUCACGGUGUGUGCCACCAACGACUCCUACCAGGUGACCCGGGAGCGCAUGGCGCAGGCCGAGGAGGACAGUCGCAAACGGGGGACCAAGGUCCUCAAGCCUGUGGGCCAGUUCAGAGGUAAGAAAGUCCAGAUCCGCAAGCCAGCGCCGUCAGGCUCCGAACCAGUUGCGGAGCGCAAACGCUCCACCCCCAUCAACCCAGCCAACACCAUCCGCAAGUGCCUUGCCAACAACCCGGUGUCCCAGCGGCCCUACCGCGACCGCCUCGUCCACCUGCUGGCUCUGCGCUCUUACAAGAAGCUGGAGCUACUGGCCAGGUUGCAACGGGACGGGGUCAGCCAGAAGGACCGCAGCUCUCUGGGGAGCACCCUGCAACAAGUGGCCAACCUGAACCCCAAAGAUAACUCUUACUCUCUGAAGGACUUUGUGUACCGCGAUGUGCAGAGGGACUGGCCGGGCUACUCCGAGGAUGACCGCGUUCAGGUCAACGGGAUCUUGGUUCGGAAACUGGGCCUUCCCACUGAGACACUUUCCUCCAGCAGUCCUCUUAAAGACGGCCUCCCGGCUUCCCCACAGAAGUGCCAGCCCGAGUUGCCGGUUCACUUCACCGACCCCCUGAUGCCGAAGAAGCCCCGCAUCUCCCAUGUCACCAGCCAAGGGCCCCCUGCCGCCCCAACCCCCAUCCCCACCUCGUCCUCUAGAGAGCGCCGCGCCCCCCCGAAGGAGGACGACAGCCACCACAGCGCUGCUGCCACCACUAACACAAAGCGCUCGUCUCUCCCAGCCAGUACCACCACCACUGCUGGCCCGCCCCUCAACCACCAACACCUUCCCCCUCCCUCCCAGCUCCAGGUUUCUCAACGCCCUCCCCCGUCGCAUCAGUCUGGCCCGGGCUCCAACUCCAACUCGCCCAGCACGCCCGAGGGCCGUGGCACCCAGGACCUGCCCCUGGACCAGAGCUCCACCUGCCUGGAACCCCCCUCACCGAUAGCCACCUCCAGCCCCCCGAGCAGGACCACUGACCGUUAUGGCCCCUGCAUGCCGCCACCAGCCAGCUCCAGUCCCCAAAGCCACCCAGCCCUCACCAUCUCUUCUUCAUCCUCCUCAUCCUCUACCAUUAUCCCCCCUCCCUCGCCAAGCAGUAGCAAGAAGUCCAAGAAAAAGUCAAAGAAGCACAAAGAGAAGGACCGCGAGAAGGAGAGGCGCAAGGAUGUGCGAAGCAGUAAAGGCGAUGGCCCUGGUGUCAGCCCCCGAGGGGUGCCGGUUGUGGACGCUCAGAGGCCCAGGAAGAGACACCGCACCAAGGCGGAGGAGAAACAAACGCCAGUCAUCCCCGCCAAGAGCCCAGUCUGCCUGGACGAAGACACUAAAGAGAGGCCAGUCCACUCGUCAGACCUAUCCUCCACCACUGUGAUGCCAGAUUACAUAAGUAAGUACACGGCAGUGGUGUCUAUGGACCAGAGGCAGAGCUACAAGGACGAAUUCAAUGCCGAGUAUGAGGAGUACCGCGUCCUGCAUACCCGUGUGGAGAACAUCACCCGCCGCUUCCACCAUCUAGACAACGAGUCCAGGAGGCUGCCUCCCGGCACCAAAGAGUACCAGGAAGUACAUGAAGAAGUGUUGCAGGAGUACAAUAAAAUGAGACAACACAGCCCAAACUACCAGGUGGAGAAGCAGCGCUGCGAGUACCUGCACAACAAGCUGGCCCACAUCAAGCGCCUCAUCGCUGACUUUGACCAGCGCAGGGCCCAGUCCUGGCGCUAGAGCACCAGCUUCAAGACCACAGUGUUGAGGUGGUUUAAGGGGUGGGCAGAGCAAGGGGAGUCCAACUGGCUUUUAUUUAUUCAGACCCCUCUGCCACCGCUUCCUUCCUUUACCCUUUCUACCUUUUGAUUCCACAGGCUGCAGGAGGCUACAGUACACCAUCUUAAAAUUCUUAUUCACUGCCCCCCCCCCCCCUACCUUUUCUCGUAUUGGUUUCUCCUGGACCUCCUCUCUCUUACUACAACACUGGUCUAGAGGAAGGGAGUGGUAGUGAGGGGGUGGUAGGGCAAAAAUACUUAACGCUUCUUACCUUUUGAAGGACUUAUCCCUAAAAAUGAACAACAAAAAUUAAACUUAUUUUUGAAAGCAGAGAAAAUAUUAUACUUACACUUGUAUUUAAGUAAAUAAAGAGGGAGAUCUAUUUAUUUUGGACUGUUAUGAUGGAGGAGCGGUCCACAGAUGAUUUAUUGUUUAAAAAGUUUAUAUUUUCCAAAAGCAAUGCAAAAAAACAUGGGCCUUAUGUGUUUGACUUUAUGAAGCCAUUUUGCACGUGAGAGGAGAUCCCAUGCUGCAUCCCAGUGGUCCAAAGUGGCUCAUCUUCAUUGUAAAGUAGGGGGCUCAAGGAAAGGAAUCCACUUGAGCAAUUGAGAUGUAACACCAAUGUGUGUGUGCAUGGGUUAUAAAUGGCUUAUAAUGGGGGUGGGAUGGGUAAAUUAGGAGUAUCCGUCCCCUGACAGCAGGGGCGUGCUACCCUGAGCACCACCAGUGUUUCUGCCCUCAGUGCAAAAGGGUGCCUUAACGUGUUUAGUUUACACUGCAAUGUCGAGUCGCUGAGACUUCUAGGGUCCCCGAGACACAGUAAAGAAUAUGUCUGAGGUUAGGUGGUACCUUUUUGAGAGGUGAGGGAGUAUCAAGAGGGGCUACAAAGGUCAGGGUGGUUUGUGUGUGCGUGAGUGUGACCUGUGUAUGGGUGGGCGCCAAUGUUAAACGGGGGGGGGGAUUAACGGGUUGGGGCGAAAACACAAGUGGGGAAAGAAAAAAGUAAAAAAAAGCUGCUUUAGUCUUUGUUUGAAGAGCCAGAGCCCUCAGGAUCAACCUGGCUAAAGUUACAUGUUCUUAAUUGGGAGGCUGUUCUAGAGUAGCAAAUCUCUAGGACUACAGCGUUGCCUCGCCAGCUUAUUUAAAGGAAAACAGGCUGUGUUCUGUUUGACGAGGAAAAAAAAAAAAAAAGAAUGCAUCCACCUGAAGACAAAUCUGUAUUACGAUGAAAAAUGUAUUAUUUUCUUCUCGAUUCCAGUUUUGGCAGUGCAGCAGAACUAUGGAAGAACGACGAUUUAGCGUUUCUGUUUUAGGUUUUUGAAUUAAACUCAUGCUGAUUUAGUUUGAUGGAUGGGUUAUGAAAAUCAACUUUUGAGUCUUUAUUUCAUGAUCUCGUUAAUUAACAAGCUCCUUUGAGCUCAAGGGAAACAUUAUGUUUACAAACCUGUGUUAGAAUGUUUGCCCAAAAAUGUGCUGUUCUGGUAUUCCAGUGGGGCAUCUACCUACCAGUUGUCACACUGAUACCAGAGACAGGAUAUGAAAUGUAUUCCCUGGAAAAUUGCUUCUUUUUUUUUGUUCUUUUUUGGGGGGUGGAGAUAUUCUAAUACUUCUUCAUUUGAACUUUUUUUCUGUUUCAGGGGGGUGGGGGGUAUAAAAAAAAUAUAAUUAUAUAUAAUUGUAAGAAGCUGAAGAUGCAAACUUGCUGCAGUAUGGUGUAAUGUAAGUCUGUGAUAGAGCUCAUAUCAACUGUCGUGAAAUGAUUGGGGCUUCCUUUGAAUGGGCCAGUCUCUGCAGCAGACCGACUCUUUCCAGAGGUAGUGUCACUUUUUAAAACAGGAGCUUGGCUCUCUCCAGUCACAAAAGCCAACUAUAUUUCAGUGUUGCUGUAUUUCAAUUUAAUAGUCAAACUCCUAUCAGGACCAUGAGCUCAACAUGCUUAAGAGGGAUUUGUAGACGUGAAAAAUACUUAUUUGCAGAUCCUGAAUAAUUGUGACACUCGUGAGUCCCAAGAGGAGUACUGAAGUACAGGGUCCAUUCCCAGGAAAGUGGGUACUUGGUCGGAGCCUCACUCAAAUAACUUGUGUGAUGGGCUGCUUUUAUUUUAUUUUUUCCCCUUUUCCCAUAACUAUUGCAGUCGUUUCCCAGAAUUUGUGAGUCACCCAAGGUUGACCCAAUAGCCAAAAUGUACGCUAGGCUGCACACAACUCCCAAGGUCUAGUCUGUCUCACUGCCCCCCCCCCUCCCUCCUUUUUUAAAGACAGCUCUGUAACAUAGCUGCAUUGCUGCUAAGCCCCACUCCCUUCCAGCCCCUCUGAAGCAGUAAGCCACUCUGCUAAUCGCUAAUCGUUCUCAUACUGCGGCUCAGGGAGAGGCUGUCCUCGCCGCGACCCCGCAGGCUAAUGCCCAGCUAAAGGAGCGUCCGCCAGGAGAUGGGUCAGAGGACAUUUAGCGGGGUCUUAACAUGGCAGGCCGCUAAGUGACUCAUCAGUACUGCGGGAAGCAAGGAGGAGGGCUGAGAGCGCAAAAGUAGAGGAGUUGUUUUUGUUAUGUUGGGGGAGGAGGGGUCAAGUUUUAAGGAGAAAGGGCAAACAAGUGUUAAACACCAUUUCAAAACUGUAUGAAUUGUGAAGGAGUGGUAAACCUGCCCACCUGAAAAUGCAUUAAAUCAGUACAAUAAAAGCCAACUUGGUUCUACAUUGAA